AUGGACUUUCUGCUGAGACUUCUGCUUCUGUCCUGGUUAUUUCGACCUGGUCAUUGCAACGAUCAGCCAGGGUGGUUCCAGAACAUCACCACAAACCUAUUUAGUUCAUCUGGAAACAUACUGCUAGGUGGGCUCUUUCCCAUCAAUGACCUCACUGCAAACUGGAGCCAAAAUCUAGGACCUAACAGCAUUCGCUGUGACAGCAUAAAUCCAAAUGGCCUGGGUCUCGCUCUGGUUAUGAAGUACACAGUUGACGAGAUCAAUGCUACACCACAUUUGCUCCCCAAUGUUACGCUGGGCUUCGAGAUCUUUGACACUUGUAGGCAGUCGUUCAUCAUCGUGAAACCCACCAUGUUCUUCCUGACCAAUGGCUUGUCUGAGAACGUCAGUGUGUUAUGCAACUACACGGACUACAACGCACGGGCCAUGGCAAUCAUCGGACCCCAAACCUCUGAGAUGGUCACUAUCAUUGGAAAGCUUCUAGGUUUCUUCAUGAUGCCACAGGUCAGUUAUGGAGCCACCAGUGACACGUUCAGUGACAAGGUACAGUACCCAUCCUUCCUGCGCACGGUUCCCAGUGACCAGUGGCAGGCAGCUGCUAUCGUGGACCUGCUGAAGAAAUUCAGCUGGAACUGGGUGGCUGUGGUGGGCAGCGAAGACGAGUACGGCAAGCAAGGGCAAGCAGAGGUGUCCUCACUGGCGGCAGACAACUCUAUCUGCGUUGCUUAUGAGGGCCUCAUCCCUGUCUACAGUGACCCUAUGCCCGUGGUAUUGGAUAUACUGGAUGGCAUCUACAACGCCAAAGUUGGUGUGGUGGUGGUCUUUGCCCUUCCUAAUCCUUCCCAGAUCUUCUUCUCCCAGGUGAUUCAAAGGAACAUGACGGGUGUGUGGGUGGCCAGCUCGGCCUGGGCCCUCAGCGACCUGGUGAUCAGCCUCCCUAACAUAGCGAGCAUAGGCACCGUGUUGGGCUUCACUGACAACACGCAAAAGCUCAGCCUGCUUACCAGCUAUGUCACGGUGCUCUUCACACGUAUGAAAGAGGAGAGGGAAAAGGGGCUGCUGUGGAAAGAGGACUAUUUCCCAAUGGCGAACCCUUGCCCCAGCUGCUCAAACCUCUCCCCAAACAACAUAAGUUUGAUUACUCAACCUGUACUGCAACGGACGGCCUUUAAUGUGUACAGGGCUGUGUACAGCGUUGCCUACGCCCUUCACCAGCUGCUUGACUGCAAUGCGGCCAGCUGCCAGAAGGGCCCGUCCACCAUCUACCCCUGGCAGCUCUUGGAGGUGCUGAGAAAUGUGUCCUUCGUCAUAAAAGGCAAACGCUUUCAGUUUGACAGUGAUGGGAACCCAAACGUUGGGUAUGACGUCCUGACAUGGAACUGGAAGAACGGCACCUUUAACUUUACAGACAUUGGGCAAUUUUACAAGACCCUGAAGAUCAACCAGUCUCUCAUAAACUGGUACACCAACAGUUCGGAGGUCCCUAUGUCCACUUGCUCUGCAGACUGUGAAUCUGGACAGGUUCGUCGUGUCAAGGGCUUUCAGUCUUGCUGCUUCGAUUGCAUUGACUGCAAGGAAGGAACCUUCCAGAACCGUACUGAGGACAUCCAGUGCACGCUCUGUCCCCAAGGCCAAUGGUCCACGGUCCGCAGCACCAACUGCACUCUGCCCACUUUUACAUUUCUGUCGUGGAGCAGCUAUGAGGCCCUGGGGCUGACGGUGGUGGCAGUGACGCUGAUAGUGUGCCAGGGGGCCGUGGGCCUGCUCUUCCUGCAUCAUCGUGGGACCCCUUUGGUUUGUGCUGCGGGGGGCACCCUGAGCAUUCUAACCCUACUUGGCAUAAUAGGAGGGUGUGCUAGCGUGUUCCUGUUCCUGGGCAAGCCAGCCAACGUGAUGUGUCAUCUGCAGCAGCCUCUGAGUGCCAUGUUCGCCACAGUGACCCUGUCUACCAUCCUGGGCAUUUCCCUGCAGAUUGUCUGUGUGAUGGAGUUCCCUGAAAAGACUCCAACCCAUCUGGAGAUGGUGCGUGGCCCCGGCAGCUGGCUGGUGGUGUUGGCGUGCUGCGGCGUACAAGCAAGCCUCUGUGGCUGGUUCGUGCAGCAGGGGGUGUCGCUGUCCGUCUACCUCUCCACCUUGAAGAUCAACUUUGUGAGAAAGUUUUUGCGCUGCCCAGUUGACCCAAUGGUGGGUCUGGGUCUGAUGCUGGGUUACAACUGCCUGCUGGCUUUGUUGUCUUUUAUGUGCACCUUCAUGGCCAAGAAGCCAUCCAGACAGUACAACCUGGCCCGUGAUGUCACCUUCUCCACCCUGUUUUACUGUGUGGUGUGGGUGGUCUUCAUUCCCAUAUACACAGGACUGGAUGAAAAGAACAAGUCAGUUGCGCAGAUGGUUGCCAUCCUAUUCAGCAACACGGGACUGGUCGCUGCCUACUUCCUUCCCAAAUGUUAUCUGCUACUGAGGAAUCCAGAUCUCAACACGACAGAGUACUUCCGGAUCUACCUGGAGGCCACCCCGCCCGCCUCUGAAAAGGAUCAGGACCAGUAG